AUGUCAGUUAAAAAGCAGCAUUCAAUGCAGAGUGAAGAAUCAAGCAUGAUGAGAUUGCAAGGUCUGUUUGAGUCUCACUCAGGUUGCUGUCAGCAUAAAGUCUGCCCUGCAGACCACUAUGCUUUCUUACUGCGCAGUGGGGCAGCAAAUGUGGUGGGGCCAAAGAUAUGCUUUGACAACAAGAUUAUCAUGGGAGGAUCACAGAAUAAUGUCGGAUGGGGUCUAAACAUUGUGUUACUAAAGGGUGAAACCGGUGAGCUAUUGAGAUGUAACUACUUUAAUAGGUAUUCCAGGGGAUUACUUAACUUUCUAAAGAUGGUACAAGCAGGAAAUAUAAUUUUAGUGGCAUCAUAUGAAGAUCCUACAGUAUUGUUGACUGAUGAGAUCCGGGAGAUCUUUGCUGGGAUGGGAAGCACCAUGAUCCGCUCAGUCAAGUAUAGGGACAGCUGGGUGUUUGCAGGGGCAGCUGGAAUGAAUAAGCAGAGCCUAUUUGAAAAGCUCAUUACAAAUGAUGAGAAGACUAAUGCUUAUGGAGCCUGGCCAGAGAUGGGGGAGGUGGGAGGCUGCUUUCCCAGAAAGAUCUGACCAACACCAAAUGAGUGUGCUGAACCAGCCAGCCGGUGGGCAGGAAAACAUUAAGAAUACCAAACAUGGGAUGUUAACGCUUUGAAGUUUCAAAAACUUUGUGGAGUGUUCACGUGGCUGUAUGGAUAUGAUGGCCACAUAUUCUCCCCAAUUUGUAACCUGUGUUCUAAUACUUGCAAAGAACUGUUACAGUUUGAGUAUAUAGAAUAUAGAAUAAAGUUUAUAUGAAAUGUCCACCGGGUUUCAGAAAUAAACAAAA